GCAGUACUAGAGCGUCUGUCAAAUACUUUGUUAUGUUGUGAAAUCGAUCGGCUGUGUUAUGAAAUUUAGGUAGAAAAUUCCAAAUUUUCGUUUUACUACCAAAGCUUUCGUAAACGUAUGACGUGUCUUUUAGAAGUUCAUUAUAAGAAGUAGUUCGUGAAGUUAAGUUUAUCGGAAUUGAGUUGUUUUUUGCGAGGAAAAAAGUUAGCUUCAAAUCUAGCAAUGGCUACUACCCCACCCGGAUACAAUGAAUUACUGCAGUGUCCAUACGAAAAGGCACACAGGAUCCAAGCUCACGCUAUGUCCAAACAUCUUUUCAAGUGCCGAAAAAACCACCCGAAUCAGAAAUUUGUUUCCUGUCCGUUCAACGAAUCCCAUCGAGUGGCAGCGCUGGAGCUAAAAUUGCACGCUCAGAACUGUGAAGACCGUGCUUCCUUCGAAACAUACAAGUACUACAUCACGACGGGAACAAAGGAAAAAGACAUGAAAGAGCCGGAGCUUGUUUACAAUAACAGCCCUCCCAAGGACCUGUACAAAAAGUACCGAGACAAAACGAGUGACGAGGAGCCAGAACCUGAGCAAAAGUCAUCCCUGCUGGACGACGAUGAAUGUUGGGAUGAUAUGAAUGCCCCGGCAUACAACCCACAAAAAUACUGCGAAACGGCAAAAGUGAUUAGAAAAGCAACCUUGAAGACGCCAUCGGAGAAGAAAGCAUUCUACGAGAGUGAACGGCUCCGGUUGGAGGAUUUGAAGUUAAAAGAGUGAUUAAAAUAUUUAUGUUUCGUCGUUUGCCUGUUACUGGCAAUGAGGUCAUAAUUGUUUAUGUUUCAUAUAUACUGUUAAAACCGUGAUAAUACGGGAAUCUUUAUGCUGUGUUCAGACUGCAGAGAUGACGCAUUGCCAACAAAACAGCACUUCCAUUUUCUAGCUCUUGUUUCAACGAUUCAGAUUUUGGUUUUCAAAUAAAAUACUGAAGCUUAAAAAGUAGGUAAUCGCUUGUACACUGAAUGUAAACAAAGCGUGAUCAAUUCAUAAACAGACCUUAAUGUAGAACAAAUAGAAUUCAUUGGCAUAUAUCUAAUGAUUGAUGAUCUGAAUGACAUUAACUAUCGAUCAUUUUCAAUUACGAUAUUAUUUUCAACAGUGAGAAAGCUUCAGCGCAGAUCAAUCGGCACUUUUGAGAACUACAAAUAAAAAAAACCUUGUUUGAUAAUUAUGAUGAUGGCAGAGAAUCAAUAUUGAAUUAUAUAUUAGAAUCUUUUCAGGAUAAUUGUUUUCAGUUUCUCGCUACCGUUAUACCUAGCUACAUUGUCACAAUCACUCUACUCACUAUCCAUCGUUUUCCUUUUUAACGGAUAAUUCAAAUGUUCUGUAGUUUGCAAAUCGCUCGCUCACGGCUCUCGCAUCGCUUUUGCUCCUGUUUGACGUUUGCUCACUACCGCCAUCUAUUCAGUGGAUUUGCGAAACACAGCGUUAUAAGCAUUGGUCGAUCAUGCUUUCGUGACGAUGAUUUUUAUCGCAUUUUGUUCCAAGUGAUACGUCUGUUUGUCUGUGCCUCACCUUACAUCCGUUUAAUGCACACAAUAUAUUUAAAGUUGGUGCGACAUUUUUCCUGCCUGAACACAGCUUGAAACGUAUUGAAAUGAUUUUGUUUAUUUGAUUCGUGUUAUGAAAAAGAAAAACAAUGUUUUUAUUUGAAUAUACUUUCGUGUGAUCGGUCCACAUUAAUUAAAUUUAGCUGUCGAAAAAAAAAGUAUUGCCAUGUUCUCUGCAAAUGACUUUCUGGGUACUUCGGGCUUUUGUUUUAAUAUUUUUGUACAGAAAUAAACAAAAGAUCAACCGCA